GUAAAAAAAGAAGUGUGGAGGGAGAAUUAGACGUUCAUGGCUGUCGGCCACCGGUGCACAUAAACGGAAGCAUUAUUGGCAUUACAGAAGUUAGUGAAGUCAGAAGGGUCAUGUCUGCACUCAUGCCAGCCAUUUCCAAAACUGGCAAUAUAUUGAAGUCAUUCAUGAAUUUGAGGGCCAGCCUUCAAGUUGCCAGAGUUCGCUCCUUCACCUCUAGUAUCAAAGAAAAUUCAUCAGGUUAUGAUGAUUUGAAAAAGGAAUCUGAUCCAGAUAUGCCCCUUGAAGAUAUCAAAAAUCCCUUUGAAAAGGAGAAAAUAAAGUGUAUUUUGUGUGAACAUAAUAUCAGAGUGGACUACAAAAAUGUAAGACUGCUGUCACAGUUUGUGUCCCGAUAUACUGGAAGAAUAUAUGGUCGGCAUAUUACUAGACUUUGUAAAGCACAACAAGAAAGAGUGGAAAAGGAAAUAUGGAAAGCCCAACAAGCUGGUUUGAUGGGUGGCUAUACAAGAGAUAUAGCGUAUGCCAACGAUCCCCAAUUGUUCAACCCAGAUCAGCCUAUACGACCUCAUAGGUUUUAACAUUAGCUUGUAACAAAAAUUAAAUGGUAGUUUUGUAAAAGAAUAACUUUAUUGCAAAAAUAAAUAUGAUUUAUAGAUAAAUAAGAUUUUUUUUGGUAGUGAUAUCAAAUGAGCAUACAUCCAGUGUUGAACCUUUUGCAAACUAAACUAUUAACCAUUUCUUGGACAAGAUUACACCUAAAUUAUACAGAAACUUCUCCAACACUGAUGGCAUAAAAAAUGAGUAUAAAUAGUUACUUAAAUUAUGUUCAUUUCAUUGCUUUCAAAGUCCUCUGUAUCUCUUCGAUACUUCACUAAUUCGUGGGGAAUAUUCAGUUGAUUCAACAGCUGUUCUAUAGUAAACUGAUGGCCUUGAUUAAGUAACACUGUCUGCAGUUCUUGUAAUGCUGUUUGGCAUCCUUCAAGCCAUGUAUGUAUUAGUUUCUGAAGGAUAAUAACAUCAUGCUUCCUUUUAUAAAGCUGAGCAAGUUUAAGGUCUUUUAAUUUUUCUUCUUUUUCCUUUAGCCUUUUACGGACUUCUUUUAAUGUAUCUUCAGUAAUAUCUCCAGCAGGAAGUAAAAUUUCAUUCCCAUCAUUCUCUACUUUACUAUUUUCAGCCAUUAUGAUUUGAGAUUUCGUUAUUUGAUCAUCUGAUUGUAGAUCACUGGAAACCACUGAGUUCUCUUUCUUUUUUUCAUCACAACUUUGAGGAGAAGAUAAGUUUGUUUUAAGUCUCUUAGUUAACUGAUGUCUGUUGAAUAAUCUUGUAUUCCUUGUUGGUGUCAUUUGCCCUUGCAAUCUCUCAAGAUCAUUAUGCAUUGUAUCUGCAUCUUUAUCUACUUUUAAUGAGGAUGUAUAAGGUGAGACAGCGCCUGGAGACGGUUUGUUUGCAUGCCAAGCAGAAGAAGCAGGUGAUUUUCGAGCCAAUCCCAUACGCCUGCAUGGUGUGAGGAACGGUGUUCUUGCUUUUCUGUUGGGCGUAGAAGCAUUAGAUGGUGACGGGCUAUAAGAAUUUGCACUGCUUUCCAUUGCCAAUAUCACUGACUGCUAAAUGUCAUUUCAUUAUUUUCGCUUUCUUAACAAUAACGUUAGCAGGAUAAAAGAUUCCACUGACGCAGGAAAGUUUGAGUCGUUGACUAUUUUAAUUGCGCGUUACAUUCAUUAUGAUCACCAUCAACACCACUUAACAUUGCUCGUUGUUCGCUAACCUCUGAUACACCUCUUUCAUCAAACAGCGCGAAAAAUUAGUUUCACAUGAAUCCAGAGAGUGCGUGAGACUCUUUCAGAGCAGGUACACCAACAUAACAAACGUACAAGGAAAGAUUAAACCAUUUUGUAUUAUACACGCGCGUUUUCCCCCGGACUUAUGUCCCCCAGGUAUAUACUCUCUGGUCCCCAGUGAGCUCUAGUGAAGUUUAUAAUGUUGGGAUCACUGCAUAUACC